UCGCUGCCCGUGCUCCGGCACGCAGCGCCCGCUGAGGCCCGCUCGCCGCCGCCGGAGCGCGGUCGCCCCUCUCCUCCCGCCGCCAUCUCCCCCCUCUAUCCCCAUCCCCAGGAAAUGGCCACCGAGACCCCGUCACCGGCGCUGCCCAUGGCGGGGCUCCCCGAGGGCGGGCGCGGGCGCUAUGCGGGAGGCGGACGCGGUGAGGCGGAGGAGGCCGCGGCCCAGCCAGCGCUCGGUGCGUCCCCGGGCCCCGCGGCGGCGGCGGGGGGCCGGCGGCGGGGGCUGAACGGCUGCGUGCCGCUGUCGCACCAGGUGGCCGGGCACAUGUACGGCAAGGAUAAAGGCGGUAUACUGCAGCAUCCAGAUGGGACUGUCCUGAAGCAGUUGCAGCCACCACCUCGUGGUCCCAGGGAGCAGGAGUUCUACAACAAGGUUUAUGACUCCGAAUGUUGCGACAGUGUUCUUCUGGAGCUGCGGGAAUAUCUGCCAAAAUACUUUGGUGUCUGGUCACCACCUACUGCACCAAAUGAUACGUAUCUAAAACUGGAAGAUGUGACCUGUAAGUUUAAUAAGCCUUGCAUAAUGGAUGUAAAAAUAGGUCAGAAAAGUUAUGAUCCAUAUGCUUCAGCUGAGAAGAUACAGCAGCAGGUCAGCAAGUACCCGCUGAUGGAAGAGAUUGGCUUUUUGGUACUUGGGAUGAGGGUUUACCAUGUGUCCUCUGACAGCUAUGAGAUUCAAAACCAGCACUAUGGAAGGAGCUUGACAAAGGAAACAGUAAAGGAUGGCAUCUCCAAGUUUUUCUACAAUGGAUACUGCUUGAGAAAAGAUGCAAUAGCUGCCAGCAUUCAGAAGAUUGAAAAAAUUUUGGAGUGGUUUGAGGGCCAGAGGCAACUCAACUUUUAUGCAAGCUCAUUACUCUUUGUUUAUGAAGGUUCAUGUCAGGCAACAACUGUGCGUUUGGGUGAUGUCACCUUGGCAGAGAGGAGAGGAGUGCCCAAGGGUCUGUUAUCAGGUGGAGACAUAUUGGAAUAUAAUAAUAAUAUUCAUGUGAUAAGUUCUACAGAGAAUGGAAAAAUCGAGGCCUCCGUAAGUAAAGGCUUGUCCAAAUUUUAUGCACUUCACAAAAAGGCAUACACUAAGAGGCACCACAGCCAACUCUCACUAAAAGUGGAACACUUGGAGCAAGACAAUGUCUGGAAAAGCAGCACGUGCAUUGCCCAGGAACACCUGAAUGGAAACGUUUUACCCCGACUGGAAAAAGUUCUCUGUCACAUGCCAGCAGACAUCAAGGAAAGUGCAAACGUCGAAGUCAGAAUGAUAGAUUUUGCUCAUGUAUUUCCUAGUAACACAAAGGAUCAGGGCUACAUUUAUGGUCUGAAAAAUUUAAUCACUGUACUUCAAAAUAUUUUGGAUAACUAAAUUCUUUGCUAUGGUUUUUACUGGGGGCCAAUGAUAAAGAAGAGCAACAACAUGAAGAAUUUCUGCACUUGUAAUGCUGUAAAACUGGGUUUGUAUUGUUCUAUAUUUUAUUUGUCUUUGUACUUUUGGUAGAAGGGUUUAACUUUUUAUAAACUCACUCAGGAAAAUAAUUGAUAGUUAAUUAGGGAGCGUGAAAGGAUGAAGAUACUGGAGAUUUAAGCAGGACAGGUGAAUUAGUAGGAUGAAGUAUAUAUGGUUGGCUUAUAUCCAAGGAAUACAGUUGUACGGUAAGCAAGGAUUAUGCUAGAUCCCCUAAUGACUUUAACAUAGGUAACAUUUGCCCACUUAGCCUUGACACUGAGCCGUAUCUCCAUUAGCAGGUUUUUAGAAAAUAGACUGAAAAAUCUUUUCAUGUGCAGGAUUGAUGUCCUCAGUACUGCCCUCUUGUGUUUACUGUAUUGAAAUAACUGGAGUUUAGCCCUGCUUGGAGGGAAAUCCCGUGUUGAGUUUGGAGCCUAACCUGGAAGCCAGUGUAUCAAGAAGUGCUUUUCAGUGUCACAGGACUCUGUUCUCUCAGCCCUGGUGUGGGUGCUUCCCCUCGGGGUGGUUGUCCCUAGCCAGUGGUCACCAGUGACAAACUGCAACCUAAUUUGUGUUGAGGUGCUAAGAAAAUGCUGGACUAAAAUAUUGUGACAGGCUUAAACUGCACAACUGCUGGAGAAACUGUUUGUUCCUAAGAAAGAGUAAAAGAAUGCCAGCACGAAAUGUUCCAGGAACUAAUUUGGUUUAGCAGAUAAAGCCAGAUCUAUUAAUCGAGUGUCUUACUUGACUAAGAGAAAUGCCUCACUCCUUUGUUUUGAUGGCCCCUCUCCAAAAACGUAACUUUUAAAAGCAAACUAAUUGAAUGGGGAAACAAAGCAUUUCAAGUAAACUUAGAAAGAUUUCUUCUAGCUGUUUGCUGCGUGUAGUUUUUCCAACAAGAGUUUCCAGGGAGCACUGACUGAAAACAUGGAGCAAUACAGGUGAGGGACCCUUUACUGCCAAGACCCAGUUCAACCCUGGAGCAACCAAGCAUCCCUCUGUCACAGUCAAGUUGUGGCUCUCUCUCCCUGGGCUAAAGCUGGCUAUUUUAAUUUUAUUUUUAUUAUUUUUAUUUUAAAUUUUUUAUUUUUGCUUUUUUAAUUUUUAUUUUUAUAUUUAUUUUAUUGUUAAUUUUUAUUUAUUUUUUAAAAAUGAUACAUGGGCAAGUUGUGUUAUUUGAAAGUUGUCCCAAUUCCUUGGUUUUUUUUUUUCCCCCCACAGGAAAAUUUCAAGCUUUCAUGUGGAAUAUUUGAGAUCAGGAUGAUAUAUCUAAAGCAUUUUUUGUGUCUCUCUUCUGUGUGACUGUCUUGCCAUGCCUACAUAGUCAGCAAUACAGAAAGUUGGGACAGAGGAGUUUUGCCAUCUGUAGAGCAAGAUUUUACUGCUUUGAGCCCCAGAAAUAAAACCUCUUAGAUUUGAUUUGGUCAUUGGAAGCAUCGUGACACGUGGACAAAAUGUGACCCUGUGGCCUUUUGCAGCUCUCUGUGUGAUAUUCUGCACUAUACACUCAUUUGUUUACACAUCUUUGCAAGCUCUUAAUUUGACAUCUGUUUCCUAUACCAGAAAGAGAUCAAUACUUUUUCAAACAAAUGUUUUUUUUAAAUCAAGCUGAAAUUUUAGCUCUGUGAAAACCUGAGUUAAUUGGAAGAAAGAUGGUAUUAUGUGUAGAACUACAUUAUUUAAACUUUAGAGCUAAUAUUGGCCAGUACAUUCAAGAAUAAAAUCCAUCUAUUAAUAACAAUAUUUUGGAAGCAUGGAAAAAGACACAGGAGGGGCAGUAUGGUGGUGUUGAAACUUUUAUGCAAAUUGUGGUGAAGGCUGAGGGAAGGAGAAAAGAAGGAGAAAGUAUUCUUUUCUACCUGAUAUUUCUGUUGUACCAUACAGUAAGUAAAUAACUCCCAGCUCUCUGUGAACUAAUGCAAGCCAUAUUUUAAGAAGAGUUUGUGUUUGGUUUUGGGUUUUUUUUUGCUUUGCUGUUGGUUUCUCUGAUAUGAUUUUUGUUGUUCUAUCCCAUAAAUAGUCACACUAGAGUAGUUUAGACUGGUAGUGGCCUUGUAGGAUAAAUUCACAAUAUUUCAUAGGAGAUAUGAGGGGAAACAUUCAUCUUGAGUUUUUGCCCUCUGUAAUUCAUCUCUUCUGGAUUUAAUCCAUUUUGUGCUGGAGAAAUCAGACCACCUGCCUCAAAGAAGUCAGUUAUUGGAAAGUGAUCUGUGUGCUCUUAGUAUAAGUGCAUCUCCUGUCUCUGCUUUGAGAUAAAUGUCUUCAGUGUUUGAAUGCUCUUUAAGUAUUGAUUGUUGUGUUGACUAUGGCAGUGUUUGUAAUGCACUUGGAAUAUUGUUAAACUGUCAGAAUAUUUUUAAUUAAAAAAAAAAUAAUUUUAUCAUGUUCUUUCUAACCAGUAGUUAUUAUGGAUGUAUUUCUGCUAAUUUAAAAUGUAGCUUGAGAGAUAAUAUUUUUCAUUGGAAAUAGUGUAAAUAAAGCUUGCUGUAGAGGUGUUUUGGCAUAGUACCAGAUGUGAAUUUAUACCUGCAAAGGUGUUAUAUUCACAUUGUUCUUGCACAUUUUAGGUUUGGUGUUUGUAAUGUCUUGUAUCUGAUCAAAUUGUUUUCAGUUAUAGUUGGAGAUGUAUUCACAGAAAUCAUUAAACAGAUUAAAAAAUUAAUUGGAAAAUGGAGAGGGAGACACUGGUCACUAGAUCUGUCCCCCUCUUGGUGAUGACUCUUUCAUUCUCUGGAUGCAGUGUUCAGGACUGGUGACAGUUCUGUAGAAAUAUUUACAGAAAUGGUAAUAAGAGUUAUAAGUAUUUCUGUCCCAUAAAACAAAAGCUGAAAGAAGGUUCCUUCCCCAGACUGGUGUGAUGUAUCUGAGCACUGUUGUACUUGAUGAAACCUCUCUGGUUUGAUUUUAAGCAAUAAGAAUUUGGUUUAGCAUAACUGAUUGUCAAAAGGGAAGAUUCAUGGACAGCUGUCAUUCAUGUACUCUAAGAAUAUCCUUUUCUGAAGACUUCCUACCUAGGUGAUUGUGAGAACUGCGUAUAAGCUUACCUAAUGAGAGGUUGAAUUGUAUAAAGUUUUAUAAAAAAGCUUUUACAUAUAUGGUAUUUUUGGAUAUGGGUGGAAUUUGUUGCAUGAAUUACAUUAGAAAUGAUUAUACCACUAUGAGAUGCUUAAAAUAUUUUAAUCAAACAAUUUUAUGAACUAAACCAGAGACUCUGUGUGUAGAUGUGGCUCCCAUGAAGCUUGGAACUGUUCUCCAUAGUCAAACCUUUCUUCAUUGUCAGACCCUUCUUGCCCAUAACCACACAGUUUCAUGGAGAAUUUUUAAGCUUUAUUAGGAAAUCACUAAUUCCCUUUAGUUUGAUAAAGAGAGUAAGUUCUUGAAAUACUUCUUGAAUGCACAUGGUAUUUUAAGUAAUGUUAGUGUACUGUAGAGCCCCAGUAAAGCUUCCUCACCUGCAGAGAGCUCCUGCUGAUCCAAAUCUGGAUUAUGUGGUCUUUAAAAUGAGCCUUUUCACAUUUAACAGAAGCAGUGGUGAAGUGCUGGCUGUGUCAGUGUGAGGAUGGAGACUCAUUCACAUCUGCUGUUCGAAGUUGUGAUAAGUUGUUCAUCCUCCCUCUCUUUUUUUUUUUCCUUUUUUUUUUUUUCUUUUUUUUUCCUUUUUUAAUUUUUCUCCAAGAAAGCUUUCCUCCUCAGUGCCUUCUUUUCCCCUUGCCACUGCUAACCUUCUGUAGCAUCAUUGUGGAAUUUUUAUUUACAAAAAAACUUAAACCCUGUAACUGCUGUUAAAGUGCAGUUGUUAAAAAACACAAAAUGCCUCAACUACUUUGGGAAAUGCAGUUUCCCUUUUGCACCCUUUCCAUGACAGAGUAGGAGUGGAAUCAUAGUUGAGACUGGGUUGUAGGUUUUAUGAAACAUCCUUAUCUUUGUUUUGAAGAGGACAUUUUGGGGGCAAGGUGAGUGACAGCCAAACUGCAUGAAGUUUACUCACUGCAAUUAAUGUUGGGGCUUUGUUUUAGGAACAGAGGGGAGUGGGAAGCAGUGGAAGUUGUUAAGGAGCCCAGAGCAAGACAUCUGGUCAGUUCUGCAGUGCAGGUAAUGGCUACAGAUAGGAUCCAAAGUGUCUGGUAGGGACUUAUGGGAUGUUCCCUGGGGGGGUACCUUCCUCUCCAUGGUCAUAGGCCAAAUACUGCCACAUUGCCAGGUUUAUGGCAACCUAUAAAUGGAAGCUACAGAGAAGGUUGUCAUCCAAAGGAUAAAUGUGUUUGAAAGGGGGAAAAAAUGAGGAAAAAGCUCAGGAUUGCACAGCAGAAAACACUUCAGGAAAUACCUUUUACUGUAGUCUUGUGUGGUGGAGAUUGGCCCCAUGUAUCUGGAGUUGAAUUUGUUUGUUAUGACAUUCAACAGCAAAUGGAACAAAGGUACUUUAAAAACACCUCAGUUUGAAUCCUGUGCAUAAAAGUUAUUUUAUUUUUUAGAAAAAGUGACCUAUGAAGAAACUUCCAAAUAUGACGUGUGUUGCACCCGACUAGAAAUGAAACUAGAGUGCACAAAGGCACUUUAAUACCCUGGGAACUUUACUGGAAGAUAAAUGAAAGCAUGUGAAAUUGCACCAGAUGUUGUUAAUUGUUUUUAAAAUUCUCCAUUACUUAUGCUUGGUGGAUGAAUGUAUCUAGUCUGGCUGGUCUCAUUUUCUUUGAUUCAAGUGUCUAAAGCAGUCACCCUCCUAACUUGUAUGUGUAAUUUCAUUUGCUAUUUUUUGCCAUUAUUGGACUGCAGGGGGUAUUGUUAAUAUAACAUGUGUUUAUUUUAUAGAACAUUGUACUAUGCUAUCUACCAACUUUUGUAACUUAAUAAUAAGUGAUAUUUAGGUUAAUUCUAAUUGCUGUAUAUUUGGCAAAUUAUUAAAAUUUUCUGCAAGUGACUUGCGAAUAUAAUUGGUUUAUUUUAAAUACA